GCCAUAUACACGGUUAUCUAGCCGAACACACUGAAGGAGUGACAGAGAUAGAGAGUAGGUGCGACUGCUGAUAACGUUCGCUGUGAAUUGUGGUCCCAUUGUGACAGUCGACAGCGCCAUGCCGAACCCUGAAGAAGGAGAUCAGCGUAUCAGUUUGGAAAGGAAGCCGAUUUCCGCAAAAACCUUCAUUAGCUACAACAUGGUGCACAAGCUGGAGUGCAAGCCGAAGCGCGAGAUAUCCCUGCCCGUGCUAGCCGGCGAGACUACGACGGACGGCGGCGAGCCGCAGCCGCCGAAAUACCAAUGGCAGUCGCCCAGCAUGCUGAUCGUGUUCGAAGGAGGAGAUCUGAACAGCGCCCGUCAUCAUCUGUUGAGCUCGCUGCACGAUCCGUUCGGCAAGCAUGCCGUGGCCACGGUGCUCAUCCAGGAGAGCGUGCGCGAUGUGUUCAUUGAGCUGCUGAUCCAGAGCAUGAAGCCGCUCGACCCGAAGAUCUACAAUCAUCCCAACUACGUGCGCUCCAAGGCCAAGCUGGCGCAGUGCAAGGCCGAGACGAUUGUCGGCGAUCCGAAGGUGGUGCCGGCGCAUGCCUCGCCCACACUGGUGUGCGAUCUGUCCGACAAUUUCCUGGGCGACGAGCCCACUGGCAUCAUCAUCAUGCACACCUUCCGCACGCCCAGGGACGCCACGCUGGUGCUCAAGAAGGAGACGAUCAAAUACGGCUUUGUCAGCAUCUGGAACGAGAAGGUGGCCAGCGCCUACGAGAUUUGCGCCCUGCUCAAGAACGACAUCUUCAUGAUCAACUGCUUCAACGUCGACCUGACGCCCAUUCUGCCCAAGGGCGAUAGCUUCACCAACGAUGUCAGGAUCGAGAAGGGCUACCACUACGAGCGCCUCAUCCUCAAUCAUCAGCGCAAGAUCAUUGUCUUUGCGGUGGGCGCGAUCUUUGCCAAUUGAAAUGCCAUAGAAAUACUCCAGUAUAUAUACAUAUAUAGUCCAGUAUAU